GAUCCUAUAUCACACAAGUCACAAAGGAUGCGUUUCCCCUCUUUAAUCGUCUUCGCCGUCAUCACUGCCCUAGCAUCAUCAAUCUCUGCAACCAGCGACACGGCUGGCGAUCUUUGUGUCCGUGGUUGCUUAUGGGACGAAGAUUGCGUUAAUCCAAAGUGCUGGUAUGAUAGAUGCUGGUUUUUUUUAUGCUUUGUGAGUCGUGUUUUUGGUCUCACAUUGAUGCAGUAUGGCCGUUGACGCUGAUGCUUGGGUUACUAGUGAUUUGUAGCGUUUAUCGACGCACAUCAGGAAACAAUCGGUUCACCU